AUGAAUCACAGAAACAGUUUCGAAUCUUUAGAUAGAACAUUGAGAGAUAUUUUACAAUCAGAUGAUGGAAAAACUGACCAGCGGUUAUUUGGCGGUAAAACUAUAGUGUUCGGAGGAGAUUUUCAGCAAAUACUUCCUGUCAUUGUUAGUAGGUCAAGGCAAGAUAUAGUUAAUGCAUCGAUCACUAAGUCAUACAUUUGGAAUGAUUGUAAAGUCUUCCGUUUGUCUACUAAUAUGAGGCUGCUAAAGAGUCCAUUUAAUGACGUGUCAAAAGAAAGCUUAGCAAAUUUUGCUAAAUGGACAUUGGACUUGGGUGAUGGUAAAUUAGAUGCAAUUAAACUAGACAACGAAGAAGAAGCUUCUUGGAUAAAAAUACCUGAUGAUUUGCUCAUAAAAAAUAGUGGAGAUGGCAUUCAAGAUAUCGUUUCUACUAUAUAUGGGGACAUCCAAGAAAACUACGGUGAAGUUACAUACUUAAGAGAUAGAGCUAUAAUUACGCCAAUGAAUGAAACAGCUGAUGAGAUAAACAAAUAUGUUCUUUCUUUGUUGCCAAAUGAAGAGAAGAUUUACAUGAGUUCUGAUUCAAUUUGUAAAUCAUCAAUAAAUAAUGACGAUAAUGAUGUUCUUUAUCCUGUUGACUUUUUAAAUUCUCUGAAGUUCAAUGGUGUUCCUAAUCAUGAACUUAAAUUGAAAAUAGGGUCUCCAAUAAUGUUACUACGUAAUAUCAACCAAAGUGCAGGAUUGUGUAAUGGCACUCG